UGUUGGUGACGCUGGUUAGCUCACAGCUACUGAGAAUUUACCUCAAAUAAAUGGUGGUUAAAUAAGUUGUAUUUUUAAUCUUGUGUGAGAUUGGUGGAAAGAGAGCAAUCAUGAAUGCUUCAGACGAAUGGGAGCUCAGUAAAGAGAAUGUUCAGCCUCUUAAACAUGGACGAAAAGUUGCAAGUUUGACGGCGGCUUUACAGCCACAUAACGUUGACCAACAUCAACAACUCAUUCUCCAACGACAGUCGAUGGAAGCAGCACUACGGAGUUACACUGGGGACGAUCCACUCGACCCUUGGGAUCAGUACAUCAAGUGGACCGAGCAAGCCUACCCUAGCGGUGGCAAGGAGAGCAACUUGCAGGUGCUUCUAGAGAAAUGUGUAGCUGCCUUCAAGAAUGAGCAGCGCUACAAGAACGACGUUAGAUAUGUCGGCUGCUGGAUUAAACUGGCAAACAGUUUUCUUGACAACCCGUUGGAGGUGUUUCAGUUUAUGAGAGACCAGUCUAUCGGCACUGUACUGAGCGUUUUCUAUGAGGCGUGGUCUUGGGAGCUGGAACAGCAUGGAAAUACAAAGAAAGCUGAUGCAGUGUACCGGGAAGGGUUAGCUUGUAACGCUGUGCCGAGGAAUGCCCUAGAGACAGCUCACAGGGAUUUUCAGUCUCGUGUCGCUAGGGCAGCCAUGAAUGAGAUUCAAGAAGGGAUAAAUGCGCCGCCCUCAAAGCCAGAAGAUCAACGGGAUCACUUGGGUGACCUCAGGGCCAAAGGUCGGCUGCAAAAGGUCAGCAGUCGGAGAAUUGGGUCAGCCAAACAAGCCAGCAGAGGAGGUCUCGGUACAGUAUUGCCGACCCCACAAGUUGGACAAUCCUUUUCGUUGUUCUGUGAUGAUGAGAACUCGAGGGGUGGGGCAUCUGGUGGUGGCCACGCCUCCCUGCCACCCCCCACAGGGGAGUGGGAACAUAUACCCGUACGACAGGAGGCUCAGAAGGAGAACCUCAAAGGACCUGUACCCUGGGCUGGUCAGAAAAUUCGUCAGUCACGUAGUGCUGGAAUUGCCAUCAGCGGCGCUGCAACAUUUGCUCGACCCUCCUUUACGGUCCAUGAGGAUGAGUCGGCCCCAGAUAUCGUGACCCCAAGGAAAAUGCCACAGAUAGGCAGUCAAGUGCUUAAUGCUCGCAAACCAGAGAAGCCCUCCAAUCUGCUGGAAAACAUUGCUCGGCAACCCGUUGCAGAUGAUAAGACAAGAGCCAUGUACUGUAAGCAUCUUAUCUAUAGCGGUGCUCAGGAGAUGUCUCUAGAGGAGCUUAGAGCUAUCAGGUACAACGCCAGAAAGGAAGCCAAAAGAAUAGAAGAGCUACGUCUUGGUUUGCAGAGGCAGAAAGACGAGUAUGCAGCCCUCAUGAGACAAAAGCAGGAGGCACUUGAAAGACAAAUGGAACAACAACGAAUGCAACAUGAGCAGCAGCUGGUAGAGCAGAGGAAGGCACAGGAACUGCUGACGCUGCAGUUACAGCAACAACAGCAGCAGAUGCAGCAGCAGUUGCAACAAAUGCAGCAAGGGCUCAAACUGCAGCCUAGUAAACAGCCCCUACAGGUGCGUGAGGAGGUUGUGCCACUGCAGCAUGGCUCACAUGGUCAGUCCACAGUGCAAGACACCAAACCUGACAUUGGUCCAAGAAACCCUGCAGUGACAACAAGACAGCUGACUGAUAAGGACCCUACAGUAACAAGACAGCUAAUAUAUGAAGACACUGGAAAUCAAGCGAGUUGGAUGGGUGCAAAUGACUCUUCAUCAGCUGCCUGUAACCCUACCCCUGCUGCCACCUAUAACCCUACUCCGUCGUCCAGGACUGCCCUGAACAGCUCUGCGCAGAUAACGCCUGGUGCAGCUGCUUCCAACAUGUCACAAAACCGAACCCCCGGUAAACCCAACAAUCCAACCCCAGGCUCAUCCCACUCGAGGAACUCCUCCUACUUGAAUUUAAGUCGGGUGACCCCUAGCCGCACCCCUGGUGGGUUGACACGCCCCUCCCCGACAGUCAACACCAAGGAGGCAAUGGGCGUGGUGAUGGCAAUGUUGAAUAACCCUUUAGGUGAAGAUGAUGACUUCAUGCUGGAGUCAGGGCGUUUUUUCCCAGCUCAACGAGACAACGACUUUGAGGAUAUAUUUGCAAAUACUGCAUCAAAGAAGUCCGAUCCACAAUGUGCUCCCACGUUUGAGCACAUCUCGGAACCAAGUGCCUUCACUGCUUUUACAAUUUUCAAUGAGAGCGCUGCAGAAAACAAUGGAAGAGAGUUGAUCGAUGGAGAUGAACUUGAGCACCUGGACAACCAAGAGAACAUGCCUCCCCGGGACUUCAUCAAACCCAAGCCAGGUGGACGACAGCGGGCUGGUAUCCUACAACCUGCCCAUGGCAUCCCCUUUAUGUCAUUAGAAGACCAAGAGAGAGAGGCCAGGGAGCAAGACUUAAAGUUAUUAGAAGAGACGGAUGCAAUGGAAGGUAUAGAGCCCCUCAAGGUCCUGGGCGAGGAAGAACACCCCCCAGACGUGACCAUCUUGAACCAUCAAGAUGCCCAAUCAGCCUUCAAGGCAGCUUCCCGUAUGGCUUCCACUCCCUUCACCUCAUCCAGCGUCCCAUCCUUCCCCCCGCUGAGCUCCAUCAAACCAUCCCUGGGGCAAGACCCUUCAUCCUUGGCACAUGACUCUUUGGUGGACGGAGGGUGUGUUGAUGGCGGCGGGAGGUCGGUGAUCUUAGCUAGCCGUGUCUACGCUGGCAGUCAGGAGAACUUUGAAGCCUCAGAGUGUACUGUAAACACUUCUAACCAGAUCAAGCUCAGUCCCAUCAUGGAACGCAGUAAUGAAGACCGCUCCUCAGGAUCAUCGCAUUCAUCAUCAACUGGGCUUUCUUCCACCCAUCCAACCUUCUCCAGCUCUCAUGAGGGUCUCUCUUCAACCAACCCUGGUUACUCAAGCACCCAACAUGAGGGGUUGUCUAUGACUAACCCAGGCCAUCCAGGCACUGGUCUCAGUGCCACCCAUCUAGGCGUUUCAAGCGCCCACCAGGGUCAUUCAGUCACCCAAUCGAAUCCUCACAGCACCUCUGCCACUUUUUCAUCAAGUACCUCCCGUAAAGGUUUAGUAUCAAACACAAACGGAGAUUUCUACACAGCUUCCGGCCCCUCAGCUAGUGCACAGAUCAAAGAUGAAUACAAUGUGAGCAUUCAACAUCAGAGUCAGACGGCAUACGGUCUCUCUCAAAGUUCUUUACGGCAUGGGACCUCUGCUGUUGACUCCAACAUGAGUAGAAUAACUGAAGACCAAAACAUGGAUUUGAAACAUGUGAGGAAUGGUUUCGAAGGGAAUAUAUCUCUUAGGGAUAGCAAGAAAGCUCAGCCAUUCCAAAUCUUUGAUGAUUCUACGAAUCUCAAACUGUCCGAGACGUCUACUUCCAAAUCAUUCCAAAUCUUUGAAGAUCCAUCUCAGAAGCAGGAUCUUGGAUCAGGCGACAUAUUCCAUCAGUCUGCUCAGAGCAUCUCGAUCAGGGAGACUAUUCCCGCUCCGACGUCCCAAUCACACACAGCUCUUGAUGACAGCGUCUUCAGGGAAUACAAGUCCUUUGCAACCAGACCAAGGAAUGGCGCGUUUGAAACCAGUGCUCUAGAAACGCAAUAUGAAUCCUCCUCCGUUGGAAAACCAACAAACCCCCAUCAGUCAUUUCAAGUUUUUGAUGACACCGCACCAGCGGCCUCUUUAGAACGAUCCUUACAAUCAUCAAAUCUCAAGCCACCUUCGAAUCGCCCUGAGCAGCAGAGCUUACACGAAUCUUUAAUGGAGGUACACCCCUCUGAAGCCUCCAUUCAUCUCAGCACAUCGUUGAUGGCCGAGAUGCACCUCAACGGGAGACAAGAAUCCAUGAUGGAGACGAGUCAACACAUGAAUACAUCGCUCAUGGAUUAUUCUGAAGUACCGGAUGACAGCGCAGCAGCUCCCGGUAACGCAGACGCAUUCAUCAACCCAUUCUCUGACGAGGUCAUUGAAAAUUUACUGCAGAUUCUUCCAGUGCCUCUGAUGGACUACGAUGGAUACACCGAGAGUGACUGUGCUAUGCCUGAGGUGGUGCCCGAUGAAGCAGUUGGUCUUAAUACAGAGCUUUACAACGUGGAGAAGUGUAUCGGUGAGGGGGCCUUUGCAAAGAUCUACCAGGCUUCCAUAUUGUCUCUGUACACUGACGACCACAGCAACCCAAAACCAGAUGAGAAUGAGAAAGUGGUCCUGAAGGUGCAGAAGCAACCCUGUCCGUGGGAAUUCUACGUCAGUCGAGCGCUGCAUCAAAGACUUAAUGCAAUGAGAAGUCCAGUAGAUGUGAGAGCAUCCCUCAUGUAUGCUAACGGCAUGCAUGUCUUCCCCAACGGUAGCUGCCUCGUCACCAAGAUGCACAAGAACCUGACGUUGUUGGAUGCCAUCAACGCUUACAACAGGACCAAGGCUGUCAUGCCUGAGCAGCUUCUACUCCUCUUCACCAUUGAGAUUCUCCAUGUGGUGGAACAGAUGCACGCCUGCAACAUCAUCCACGGUGACAUCAAACCCGAUAACUUCCUUCUCAUAGCGCAUGAAGAUGAAACAGAGAGUCCCUCAGGAAAUGCUACAAUGACCAACACUAAACACAUCAAGCUUAUCGAUUUCGGCCGCAGCAUCGAUAUGCAAUUGUUCACACACGGCACUACCUUCACGGCUACUUGCAAUACUGAUGGUUUCAUGUGCCCAGAGAUGCAGUCUGGCCGUCCAUGGACCUAUCAGACCGAUUUAUUUGGGGUUGCUGCCACUGUGCACUGUUUGAUGUUUGGAUCCUACAUGAACUUAUACAGUGAAUCUGGACGUGUGAAACACACCUCCAGUAUCAAAAGGUUCUACAGCCCUUGUUGGAAGAAUUUCUACGACACGCUGCUGAACAUCCCAAGCUGUGAUGCGAUACCAUCGCUUGCAAAGCUCAGACAAGAUCUGGAGGAUGCCCUGCAAACGAAACAGACCAACUUGGACCUCCAAAAGAUGAAGUUAUUUGCCAUGUUUAGAUAAUAAGUUGAGAAACUCGAGAUUCGGUUUUGAGGUCAUGUGUGAUUGAUCAAUAUUCGAUUCGAUGGUGUUUUAUUGAGAGAAGGGUUGUCAGCACUUGAAGUGUGCCAUUCAUUUGGGAAACUAGUCUACGGCACCUGUGCCCAAUUUUAUGUGGGUAUUUAGCAGAAAAUGGUGCUUAGAAAAUAUUUCCGCUAAGCAAACACUUACAAGGAAUUAGUCGGAAAUCGCAAAGGUCAAAUAUAACAUAGUAUUUUGGCUGGUAACUUCUUCUUUUUUGCUGAGUAUGAUUUUUCUAUGAUUAGAAUUUGAUGGUGCUUAUAACAGCUCGAUGGAACCGAGUGCUGGGAUUGAUUUCAAUAAGCAAUUUUUAUAAACAAAAUCUCUCAAGCACCGAAAAACUUAGCCUUCGAAUCAAACACAAAUAUUUUACCAGCUGAACUACAAUGUGGUGCACAUAUUUUCAUUAAGCACUUUAAAUUCUGUUAAGCAGCUCUAUUUGGUUAAAUUUCGACCCUUGUUGGUAGUAUCAAGGAAAACGUUUUAACCCAAUUUGAAGAUAAGUGGGUAAUGGGAACACUGGUUCUGAGAAAUUUGUCCCUUUAAAUGCAGUGGACACUAUUGGUAAUUACUCAAAAUAUUUAUUAGCAUAAAUCCUUUCUUGGUG